AAUCAACAAUCCAUAUUCCAUCAAAACCCUGCCAGUCGUCGUCACUCCUCUCAUCAGUAAUGCCGCAGUAAAAUACUUAAUCAUCCUAGCUUCUAAUCUCCCCCAUUUUCGAUUGGUUCAUUGUCGUUUGAACUCGUGUAAUUGUUAGGAAGAAAAAUCCAUGGCUUCCUGCAUUCGUAUGAUUCAAUCUGGAAUCCGAUUGUCGAAAUUUCGAGGCAUUAAUUCUGUUUCAAUGAUGAAUUCGACAGUCUCCAGUCGCACAUUUUCGUCGAAUUCGCCCAAUCAAAGCCCUGUAUAUCUCUUUGACACUCUUGCAUUGAUUAGGAGCUUAGAAGCACAAGGCAUCCAUACAAAGCAGGCAGAGGCUAUAACAUCUCAAAUGACUUUAGUUCUUAAUGUUAGCAUGGAAUACAUAUUGCAAAACGUCGCCUCAAAAUCUGAGAUGCAGAAAGUUGUGAUGGCAACUGAAACAAAUCUUGUAAAGUUGAAGUCUGAAGUGCAAAGUUACAUGGACAACAAUUCUUCGUCUUUGCAAGGUGAAGAUGCAAAGAUCCGAAACGAUAUUACCAAAUUACAUGGUGAACUAAGGCAUGAGAUUGACAAAGUUACUUCUGCACAACGUUUGGAUUUGAAUCUUGAAAGAAGACGCGUCGAUGGGGAGCUUAGUGAUAUGAGGGCUAGAACCACUGAUAUCUCCAACCAGCUCAAUAAUGCUGUGAUGGCAAAUGAAACAAGUUUUGUGAAGUUGAAGUCUGAAGUGCAAAGUUCCCUUGAUCAGAAGUUCUCCCCAUUGCAAAGCAAGGGUGAAAAGCUUCAAAAUGAUAUCGAGAAAUUAAGUGGUGAACUAAAGCAUGAGAUUGAAAAGAUUACUGCAGCACAACGUUUGGAUUUGAAUCUUGAGAAAAGGCGCAUCGAUGACAAGUUUUCGGAUGUGAGGGCUGAAAUUACUCAUCUGACAAACAAGCUUACUGAAACGAGGGCUGAGCUCACCAAUCUCUCCAGCAAUUUCGACCGGAAACUUGAAAUUGCAACUCUUGCAAUGAAGGCUGAUCUAGCAACAAAUAAGAGCGAUAUCACCAAAUACUUUCUAGGGGCCAUUUUCUCCUCAUCUGCUUUUUGCAUUGGAAUAUUAUAUCGUCUGUUUUCCAAACCAUAAGGUGGCCGCUUUGGUUUACAGAAGAAAGAGAUUUUGACAGUAACCAUUUCCAUUACAAUCCAACUGAUUUGAAUAAUCCUUUGUUAGAGAGUUUAUUUUAGGUAGUCACUAUGUUGUUUGUAUUUUCUAAUUUCACUAGAACUUUCGUAAUCGUCCCACAAUUCAGAUUCCAUCAAUCCAUGGAAAAUUUGCCACAA